UGGCCGAUAUAUAUAUAUAUAUGUCAAAUUCUCUUGUUCUAGAAUGUAUUUAAAUUUACCUACUUCUAUCAAAAUAUUAACAAUUUUAUUUAUUUUUUCGAUUUCAAUAAUUUGAAAAAUCGAUUGGAUUGUUGUCUUUUUUGAUUUAUAAGUUUAAAUCCAAUAGUAAUUUUAUAACAUAAUGUCUCGUAAAGCAGCUGUCAUCUCUGGAUCUUUAGAAGAGGGUAAAUUGGCUGAAGUCGUUACUAUUCCCUUACCAGCUAUUAAACCUACUGAAAUCUUGGUCAAGUCUGUUGCUUUCGCAGUCAAUCCUACAGAUUGGAAACAUAUUGUUUAUGGGUUAGGAGCCAAAGGAUCUAUUGUUGGAUCUGAUGUUUCUGGUAUUGUUGAGGAAGUUGGAUCUGAAGUUAAAGAUUUUGCCAAAGGUGAUAUUGUAUCUGCAUUUAUACAUGGUAAUAUUAGUGAUAGAACUGGUAAUUACACUGAAUACGCAAUCUUAGAUCCUGCAACCGUUGUUAAAUAUGAUUCCAGUAAAUUCGAUGUUAAGAAAGUUUUGAGUGUUGGUAAGCACGAAUCUUCUUAUUUGAAUACUUUUGAAAGUGCUGCAUCUGUUACUUUAGGAUUAGUGACUGUUGCCAUUUCAUUUUCUCAUUCAUUAAAAUUGGAUCUUAAUAAGGAAAACAAUAAAGACAAAUAUUUAUUAAUUUGGGGUGGUGCAACUGCUACUGGGGUUUUAGCUAUUCAAUUAGCUAAAUUGAUCUUUGGUAUUAAAGUUAUUACUACAUCAUCUCCAAAGAAUUUCGACUUCUUGAAAUCAUUAGGAGCUGAUUUGACUUUUGAUUAUAAUGAUUCUGAAGUCGUUAGUAAGAUUAAAGCUGCUGGUUCAGGUAAGAUUGAAUAUGGUUUAGAUACUAUUGCAUUCCCUGAAACUUUCCAAUCUGUUUAUGAUGCUACCGAAGGUGCUGAAUUUGUUAAGUUAGAUACUUUAUUGGGAUUGGAUGGAAACUCUAUUACUACCAAAGCUGGUAGAAAAGUUAGCUAUGGUACUACUUUAGCUUAUACUGCAUUAGGUAAAGAUGUUACUUUAGGAACUAAGACCACUAAGGCUACUCCAGAAUUAUUAAAGGAUUAUAAGGAAUUCUGGACCAAUGUAUUACCUAAAUAUAUUGGAGAAUUGAAAUCAUCUAAUUUGAAAGUAUUAGAAGCUGGAUUAGAAAGUAGCAAUGAAGCCUUAGAAUUAUUAAGACAAAAUAAGGUUAGUGGUGAGAAGGUAGUAUUUAGAUAUUAGGUUUAAUAAACUUAAUAAGUUUAAUAAAUUUAAGUAGUCUAAUAAGUUUAAUUAGUUUAAUAGAUUUUAUUAAGUUUACUAUGUACA